AAUUUUUGCAGGCACUUAGAACUUUUGUCAAUGUUUCUCUCAAAAAAAAUUUGGAAUUUUUUGAAUUUUUUUCGAUUUUUUUUCGAUUUUACUGUUCAUGCGGGAGCAUAUGAGCUCGGGUGCAGAAUGGACUUUUCGGUCCAACUCCCACUAAACUAGCAGUGUGGGACUAAAUUUUAGUAGUAUCCCUUGCCUUGCACAAAUGGGCUAAGUGGGCCUUUAAGAUUUAUUUAGGAAUUUCUGAAAUAGUUAUUGGGUUGGCCCAUAAAUAGAUAAAAUUCCAGCAGUAAUUUGUUUCAUUUUCUUUUUUGACUGUCAAAAAAAAAUCUUUCAUUUUUUUUCUCGAACGAGGGGUGCAGAGAAGGCAGGCUUCCAAGCUAGCCCCGUUAUAUAUAUGCACGUACUCACUGAUACCGCUGAAAUCUGCAGCAGAGCACAACUCAGUAGCAACAUACACCACCGUGGGUAGCACAAAAAUGGCUCCUGUAGCUAUAGGGACUCUCAGUUCAUCACUCUUCACAGCCACCGUCCUCCUCACUUUCUUGACCUCUUUUGCCCCUGCUUCUUCAUUUGAUGGCACCACGCUGGGUGAUGAAUCUGGUAAGGACUUCCAAGCGCUCCUCUGUCUCAAGAACCAUCUCUCUAACAACACCGAAGCCCUCGCCUCGUGGAACAAUACCCUUCAGUAUUGCACUUGGCCUGGUGUCACCUGUGGCAAGAAGCACGCAUCUCGCAUCACAAUACUUGACCUUGAAUCUCUUAGUUUGAACGGCCAAAUACCACCCUGCAACGGUAAUCUCACUUUCCUCGCGAGAAUCAACCUCCAGGAUAACCUGCUGAAUGGUGGGAUCCCGCCAGAGGAAAUGGCGGACGAUGAGUUAACUGAUAUGAUGUAUGACAUGGAGUUUGGAGAACUGAUGAAAGACUGGAUAGAAGAUUGGUCAGAUGAUGAAAAUUCAGAUCGUGGAGAUAGGUCAGAGAAUGGGAACGUAUUGGAAGAUCUUAAUAUGGAUGAACAUGAUAAUGGUCAGGAAAACAAUGAGCAUGAUGAUGGUGAGGAAAACAACUCGGAGAUCUCGAAUGAAGAUUACAUUAGUCAGCUCAUUUCCGAAUGUCAUAAUGCGUACGACUAUGACGGUGAAUCCGACGCGGAGACAGGCCUUGAUGUCGAAUCAUUAGCUGCAUCUGAUUCUGGGGAGUCGCAAUCGUCGGUCAUCAUGAGUGAGGUGACAGAAGUUGAGGGGAAAAAGAAUGUCCAAGAUAUUGCUAGUGCAGAUGAUAAGAGGGAUAUGUGCAUGGAGAUAAUACAAAUGACUUUUACGUCUCACGAGGCUGCGUAUGAUUUCUACAACAGCUAUGCUAGAGAUAAUGGUUUCAGCAUUAGAAAGAAUAGGGUCAGGUAUAGCAAAACCGAGUCAUGUCAUAUGCGUUAUAGGCGGUUUGUUUGUUCCAGACAAGGAAAACGUGACAACAGGUUGCUAACCGAGGAAGGACACAGCCGUAGGCUCAGACCCGAGACACGCUGCCACUGCGAAGCGCACCUGACCGUGAAGCUUGACCAAAAGCGUGGGGUUUGGUAUGUUGAUAGUUUUGAGGACAAGCAUAGCCAUAUCUUGGCAGGACCGGACGAGGUACCUUUUCUUUGGUCCCACAGAAAAAUCAAAGAGUACCAGAGAGCUGAGAUACUGUCCAUGGGAGCUGCAGGGAUUAGAAUUCACGACAUGAUGGAUACCUUCAUCAGCAAACAUGUAUGGUAUGGUGGUGUUGGUUUUACCAGGCGUGAAAUAUACAACCUUUGCGCCAGGGAGAAGAGGAAGCUGCUUUCAAAAGGUGAUGCUGCCAUAGUCAUAGGCAUCAUGGUCAGUAGGAAACAGAGGGAUCCUAGCUUCUUUUUCGAGUACAAGCUAGACAAGGAAGGACAUAUGCAUAGGAUGUUCUGGUGUGACUCCCAGUCUCGUCAUGACUAUGAGGACUUCGGCGACGUGCUUGUAUUUGACAGCACGUACAAGAUGAACCGGUAUGGUAUGCCAUUCAUACCCUUUGUUGGUCUUAACAAUCACCGGAAGACCACUGUUUUUGCUUGUGCCAUAGUUUCGGACGAGACCGAAGAGACAUAUGUGUGGCUGCUGCAGACUUUUUUGAGGUCCAUGCGUCAAAAGAUGCCGAAGCGUGUUAUCACGAACGCCGACGCUGCAAUGAUCAAGGCAAUUUGGUAA